CGCGUCAUCUCCGUACCGCUAACGCGUCGCUACUCUUACGAAUCGUUCAUCAUGGACGGACAAGCAUCGACAUCCUCUGGAGCCAUGGACGAGCGACGGAAGAAUGCUCUGAAAAGCUAUCGCGAGAAAAUGCGAGCACACGAAGUCAGCAGUGAAAGCUUGAAGAACUUGCGGUUUUCGUUGAAAGACCUCGAAAGAGACUACGAGAAGACAGAAGACGACAUCAAGGCCGUACAAUCCGUAGGACAAAUUAUCGGGGAGGUUAUGAAGCAAUUGGACGAUGAGAGGUUCAUAGUAAAGGCAUCAUCAGGUCCUCGAUAUGUGGUAUCCUUCCGACCUACUUUACCCGUCGAAAAAAUGAAAAACGGCACUCGAGUCUCUCUUGAUAUGACAACUCUUACAAUAAUGCGGAUUCUGCCGAGGGAAGUGGACCCAUUGGUGUACAAAAUGAGCUUAGAGGAUCCAGGAGGUGCAUCUUUCGCAGGGAUCGGUGGACUUACAGAACAAGUUAGAGAGUUACGUGAGAUUAUUGAACUUCCACUUCUCAAUCCAGAAUUAUUCCAAAGAGUCGGAAUCAACCCUCCGAAAGGAGUUUUACUGUACGGUCCUCCUGGGACUGGAAAGACUCUCUUAGCGCGUGCGGUGGCAGCUACACUCAACACCAACUUCCUCAAGGUCGUUUCUUCCGCGAUUGUUGACAAGUACAUCGGAGAAUCCGCGAGGGUGGUGAGAGAAAUGUUCGGAUAUGCACGAGAGCAUGAGCCAUGUGUGAUAUUCAUGGAUGAGAUUGAUGCAAUCGGAGGAAGGAGAUUUUCGGAGGGUACCAGCGCGGAUAGAGAGAUUCAGAGAACGUUGAUGGAGGCAUGUUCUUAACCUUGCAGUUUGAUCUCCCCGUUGAUAUACCGCUAUCGCUGACAACUUUCUCACAGCUUCUCAAUCAGAUGGACGGUUUUGACUCUCUCGGGCGGACAAAACUGAUUAUGGCUACCAAUCGUCCAGAUACCUUGGACCCUGCACUUCUACGUCCAGGCCGUUUGGAUCGUAAGAUUGAGAUUCCUCUACCGAACGAGCAAGCGAGGUUGGAGAUUUUGAAGAUUCACUCCAAGCCUGUGAAUAAAGCUGAUGAUAUAGAUUAUGAGGCGAUCGUCAAACUUUCCGAUGGAUUCAAUGGCGCAGAUCUGCGUAAUGUCAUUACAGAAGCUGGAAUGUGUGCUAUUCGCGACGAUCGAGAAUAUGUUAAGCAGGAGGACUUGACCAAGUCGGCAAGGAAGGUUGGGGACGCUAAGAAACAUGAAGCUAAACUUGAAUAUUCAGCGUAGUUCAGGUGUAAUUACUAGCUGUCAGGAUUCAAUGGGUGGCAUUGGAAUAGGAAUAACUCUAUCCG